GAUCCAUUCUGUUCACAAUCUUCUCCAUUGUGGGAACUGCUUUUAUGCUCUUCUUGUAUACAAUAUUCAAAACAAAUCCUGAGAUGUAUGAAGAAGUAACAGAUCCAGAUAAAACGUGUGCUGGGCUGUUCCAAGCAGCUAUGGCAUAUCUCGCCACCGCACUGAUUUCUAUUUUCUUCUGGAUUUAUCAUGCCAAGAAGGGUAAGGGCGGUAAAACAGAGGAGUCUUCCGUGUUUGACGAAAGCAAGAAGAAGUACCAUUUCUCCACGGUGUCGACGGAAUCAAGUGCAAACAUUCCUCUUCUCAAAGCGCAGUUUUAAGUGGGCAGUUGCC